AUGGCAGAAGCCAGUAUUUCAGUGGAUCAGGAUCAGUUCACUUGUCCAGUGUGUCUGGAUCUACUGAAGGAUCCAGUGACGAUUCCCUGUGGACACAGUUACUGUAUGGGAUGCAUCUCAGGAAUCUGGAAUCAAGAGGAUCGGAUGGGAAUCUACAGCUGCCCUCAGUGCAAACAGACCUUCACACCAAGGCCUGUUUUAUACAAAAAUUUGAUGUUUGCUGAAAUGAUGGAGAAACUGAAGAAGACAAAACUCCAAGCUGCUCCUGUUUCUCCUCGUCACACUGGAUCUGAAGAUGUUCAGUGCGAUUCCUGCUCUGGAAUAAAACAGAAAGCAGUGAAGACAUGUCUGGAGUGUCGAAACUCUUACUGUCAAAAUCACCUUGAACAGCAUGAGAAUCUCUUCAGAGGUAAAAGACACAAUCUGAUGGACGCCACUGGACGACUGCAGGAGAUGAUCUGUCCUCGACAUGAUAAAAUUAUGGAAAUGUACUGCCGUACGGACCAGCGGUGUAUCUGUACAAUGUGUUUGAUGGAGGAACACAAAAAUCAUGACACUGUGUCAACUGCAGCAGCGAGGACUGAGAAACAGGCACAUUUGGAGGAGACAAACAAGAAAAUUCAUUGGAGAAUCCAGAAGAGAGAGAAAGAUCUUCAGGAACUGGAAGAGGCUGUGGAGUCUUAUAAGCGCUCUGCACAGACCGCAGUGCAGGACAGUGAGAGGAUCUUCACUGAACUCAUCCGCUCCAUUGAGAGACAUCGCUCUGAGGUGACGCAGCUGAUCAGAGAUCAGGAACGAGCUGCAGUAAGUCCAGCUGAAGAACAACUGGAGCGACUGGAGCAGGAGAUCACUGAUCUGAGGAGGAGAGACGCUGAGCUGAAGCAGCUUUCAGACACACAGGAUCAUGUUCAUUUUCUCCAGAGUUUGCCAUCUCUCUAUCUCUCUGGAUCUACAGAUGGAUUCACUGUCAGUUCUCAUCUGUAUUUUGGCUACAUAGCGAAAUCAGUCUCUCAACUCACAGACAAUCUGCAGCAGUUCUGCAGAGAGACUAUAGAAAAGACAUAUAGAUUAGUGAAAUCCUUCCAGGUCAUUGGCGCUCCUGAAUUUCACACCAGAGAGAAUUUUCUACAACAUGCCCGUUUGUUGACCCUGGAUCUGAACUCAGCGCAUAACUGUCUUCGUCUGUCUGAGGAAAACAGAGUGAUCACUGUCGCUGACAAACCCCAGUUGUAUCCUGAUUAUUCAGACAGAUUUGAUUAUUGGAUGGAGGCAUUGUGCAGAGAGAAUGUGACUGGAUGCUGUUACUGGGAGGUGGAGUGGAGUGGAGAUGGGAGAUCAGGAGUGGUUAUAGGAGUGACGUAUAAGAGCAUUGGCAGGAAGGGAAAUGGUCCUGAAAGUAUAGCUGGGUUUAAUGAUCAGUCCUGGAGUUUGUACUGCACUCCCACUUUCUGUUCAUUCUGUCACAAUAACAUUGAGACCGUCCUUCCUGUAGUGUCCAGCAGUUUAAUAGGAGUGUAUGUGAAUCAGGGCGCAGGGAUUUUGUCCUUCUACAGCGUCUCAGACACAAUGAGCCUCAUCCAUAGAGUCCAGACCACAUUCACUCAGCCGCUUUACGCUGUGUUUGGACUAGAUAGACACUCAAGGGUGAAACUGUGUCGUCUGAGAAAUUAAAUCGUAUUGAGGUCCUACCGAUUAUUUUGUCACAUCCACUACUGAACCCAUUGAAAAUCUAUAUUUCUGUAUUGACUCUUCAUCAAAUGUGUUCUUAUCUUAAUUUAAAGGUGCAAUAUGUAAGAAUUUUGCAGUAAAAUAUCCAAAAACCACUAGGCCAGUGUUAUAUAUUUUGUUCACUUGAGUACUUACAAUGUCCCAAAUGUUUGCAACUAUUUGUAAAUUGUGAGAAAAUUGCAAUUUUAACCAAGGCGCCUGUCAAUUGCGUCACACCCGUGUUACCCUCGGUUUCUGGUUUUAUUUUGUAGAAACCAUGGAAACACCAAAGACGCUUUAAUAUUUACAUGUUUUAAUAGACAAGGGAACAACUGUUUUGAUAUAUUUAUAGACAGAAAACGAAUUAUUGUUAUAUAGCUCAACACGUUUAAUCUUAUUGUUUAAAUCAAAUUUUCUUAAUUUUUUGCAAGUACCAUGCUUUACCAUGCCUCAGAGAAAAACAGUAGCUAACAUAGCGUAAUCAGAUGCAGCUUUAUUUUUAGUUACAGUAAUACAGCAUUUUCUCCAUCAUACAAUACGUUUUAAAAUUAAUUUCAUGCCAUUUAUCAACACAAGCCAUCCAGCAUUUAAUAUGAUAUUCUAAAAUACACAUCUCACAUCUCACUGCAGUGUGUCUCAAACAAGUGUCUCACAGCAGCCGCCGAGUGAACGCACAGAGUAACGUUAUAACAUCAUUUUCAACACACUCAGAUGUAUCUAAUAUAAUAAACAGAGCUGCGUUACCUCAUACUCAUGACCGGAAAAGCGGCAGCAGCGCCGGCGACUGUGACAUAAUAAAAGUCCCGCUGCUCGUGAGGCGUGUGUUCGCAAUCACUCCAGCGGCCUCGUUCAGCUCCCACAACACUCGGUCCUGCUCUGCUUCAUACUACAGUAACGUUAAUAAUCGCAUCCAUGAACAUGAUUUCUUCCCGAGUCCUAUCCCGUUUCUUUUGCACCGUCCGUAGAAGUGAAGACCACAUGUCCCAAGAUUCCGUGCUCAAACUUGGCGUCAUCAAGCUACGCCUUUGUUUUGAAUAGGCCUCUAGCGACCUCUAGCGAACAGAAAAUCUUACAUACUGCACCUUUAACUUACAAUUGUAGACGAACACAAUCUGACUACUACACUAAUAACACAAACUAUUGUAGUUUUCAAAUUAUUAUUGAAUACAUUUUUUUUUCUGAAUAAAUUUUAAUAGUACAUUGAGUUUAUUUUAUCAACAUAGAACUCAUUUUUAAUGUGAUUAGUUUCAUCCUAGAUUGACUAAUACAAUAUGAGUCUUUAUGACAGCGAAUAAAUACAUAGAUCUGCAUUUAAUGUUCGUGUCUGGAGGUUGAACUUUUGUUAAGCGUGUCAGAAGUUCUCAGGUUUUGGGUUCCAAUCCUUUCUAUUACAUUUUUUUGUUUGUUUGUUUUUCUCAUAAAAAGAUGUUCAUUAGUGAUUGUAUAUUAAGAGCAGGGACACAUUUGUGUGCAUUUUGUUGUGAUUUCACCAAAACAAAUUGAGUCGCAUGAUUUCAAAAACAUUACAGCCCCAGACUGCCUCUUAUUUACCACAAACAAUUAAUUUGCUGGUUAACUAUGUUGGUAAGUUGCUUCGAUGACUGUUUCAUCUUAAAAAUUGAGUUUAGGCUGUUUUCAAGGACGUUUACUACUUUUGUCUAUCAGCUUCCAGUUUCUGUCAGUCGAGUCAAAUAUGAUAUUUCACGAUGAUAAAAUUGAGAGUGUGUGUUAACCUGCUUGUGAACUCUGCUUAUUUCGUUUAAUACUUCUGCGCAACACUGAUGAACUGUAUAGGACCAGUCUUUGGUCAUGUUUGUCCCUGCUAUGUGUUUUAUACGGUUUUGUCAUGUCCUGUGUAAAAAAAAAAAAAAAAAAAAAAAAAAGAGAGCGAGCGAGCGUCUUUCAAAUUUGAUUAUUUGAUUUUCAUGUUGGGUUAAUGAAUAUAACAAAUUUUAGUUGUUUGGUGCAAAUAAAACACUGCAACACAAUUAGUAGAUUUUUACUAUAAAUGUGAUUUGGAUUUAUAAAAGAAUAAAGAGUAUAAUGUAAAAGAAAACCAA